GUAAGGGGAUAAUGGAAAUGCCAAGUGCGAAAUCGCCGACAUUCGUUUGUUCGUUUAUUAACCUCUUUUAUUCUCCGGUGCUGUAGUGCAUGAAGAGUUUAAUCAAUCGAGCACUAAAAAAUCAUUACAUACUUGGCAUAAGGAACAACAGGCUGUGCUGAGGGGUAGUCACCUCCAAAUGUCACAAAAAUCCAAGAAUGCACCAUUUUGCGAAUGAAAUACCCCGCAGAGUUCUCCUGCCAACACCAGCUGCAGCUCCAGUUAGAACGAUAGUCGCUGAAGGAUAUUCACGAGUUAUAUCUCUGCCAAGCGAGUCGACUCGUAGAGGUCUCCUCCCCACGCCUCUAAUCUCAAGUAUCUCCCAAGGAGCUAACAAUGUCCUUCAAAAUCCCCCAACAAGAUCAAUCAACCCUUCAUACUCCAGUGAAUCAUGCCAAGAGAUUCCCCACAGGAGUCGUCUCACCCAAAAUCGACAAGAAGAACGAAUAAAUCUGUUAGAGCCCCUUUCUCACACCUCAUCCAGAGUCCAGCAACUUCACACUCCAGAGAUUCUCCCAGAAGGUAUCGAAUUAAUACCAAACAGAAAUAUUCUAUUCUGUACCAUUUGCAACAGCACAGUUCAUCCAAAUUACGCCGAGGCCCACGCGGACACGAUCGAUCACAAGGCAAAUGGCAGAAAACUCAUUCAUAAAAUCAACGACACUGAUUACAAAUGCGUCAUUUGUGGCGAAAUUUUAGGUCCUAUGCAGGAGGUGAGAGACCACUUGAAUAGUCAGAAUCAUCGAGCUAGAAAAUCUGUAAUGAGAGACCCGGAAUUGAUGGCGUUGAAGAAUUCGUACGACUUACCAGAUGGAAUACGUAGAACAAAUAGUGACGAUUGGUUCUGGUGUACAGUCUGUGAAGAUCCUCUAAGAGGAAAUCAAGUAACUGUGAUGAACCAUUCACUCAAAUGGGCUCAUUUACAGAAUUUAGAAAAAUUUAGGAAUAAAGAGAAUAAGCAAUCACGAGACAAGGAAUGUUACAGUUCUCAAAAUAAUUUUUCAUUACCGAGAGAUGAAAAAUACUCAUUUCCACGAGGACGAGAUAGUGAGACAAGUAGAUCGUCUCCAUUGAGGGACGAAGUCUAUCUAUCCUCACGAGGGCAGGAUAGUGAGGGGAGUAGACCAGGACCUGAAGAUUAUUAUAAUUCUAGGAAUAAUUUCUCAUCAUCGUCUUUGACGAGAGAUGAAGGAUAUUCACCGUCACGGAGACGAGAUUGUGAAACUACUGGAUCCUCGAGAUCUUCUCAAAAUAAUCUCCCACCAUCUACGUUGAGAGAACGUGAGGCCUUUUUACAAUCUGCUCCCUCAACGUUUCGAGGGCGAGAUUAUGAUACGAUUGGAUCGUUUAGAUCCACUUCUGGGUCAAGAGCUGAGGAAUAUGCUCCUCAAAAAAAAUUUUCAUCUUUCAUGAGAGAGCGCGAGGAUCCACUGAUAUCAUCAUCUGGGCUAUCAACAUUCCGGGGGCAAAAUUAUGAUUCAAGGGGAUGUCCGAAAUCUUCUUCUGGCACCAGAACUGAUGAAUUUUCGCUUCAAAAAAAUUUUUCGUCGCCUUUCCCGAGAGGACGAGAUUAUGGACCAAUGGAGUCCUCAACUUUUGCUCCAGGCUCAAGACAAGACGAAUAUUCUGUUGAGAAAAAUUUUCAAUCGUCAUUUCCGAGAGAACGAGAAGCCCCAAUGCUGCCUUCAUCUCUGCCUUUAACGUUUCGAGGACGAGAUUAUGAGAUGAUGGCAUCCUCGAGAUCUAUCUCUGGGUCAGGGCCUGAUAGAUUUGCAUCACAAAAUAAUUUUCCCUCAUCUUCAUUGAGAGAACGCUCCAAUGCUCCAAUGAUACCUGGAUCUGGCGCACGACCUGAAGAAUUUUUUUCACAAAAUAAUUUCUCUUUAUCUUUAUCGAGAGAUCGUGAAUCCCCAAUGGGGCCUUUUGGAUCCUCAAGAUUUACUUGUGACUGGAGACCUGAAGGAUAUGGUUCGCAAAAUAAUUUCUCAUUAUCAUCAUCGAGAGACCGAGAGGCUUCAAUGCCUUUUGGACCCUCGAGAUCUACUCAUGUCUCCAGAAAUGAUGGAUUCCCUCCACCAAAUGAUUUCCCAUUUUCAUCGAGAGAACGAGAGACUUCAAUGAUACCUCCAGUGUCAGUCCGACCCACAUUUCGAGGACCAGAUUACGACACCUUUGGACCUUCAAGAUCUACAUCAUCCUCAAGACCUGACGGUUACGCUUUUCAAAAUAAUAUAUCAUCAUUUUCAAAUGAACGAGAUGCUCCAGUGCUCCCUUCAAAAUCAAUUCCAUCGGGGCUUCAAGGACGAGAUUAUGGUCCGGCUAGAUCCUCGCCAUUCAGUUCUGAUUCAAGAUUUGAAGGACACAAUGCUCAAAAUAAUUUCCCAUCCUCUUCAAGACAGAUGGAAAAUUCAACGAUACUUUCCCGAAAUUAUGGUACGAAGUGCUCCUCACCAUCAAGACCUACCUCGAGACCUGAAAAAUUCCCUCCACAAAAUAACGCCCGCCCAUUUUCGAAGGAACGACAGGUUCAAAUAAUUCCGCCACCAUCUCUUCCACCAACGUCUGAAGAAAAAGAUCGACCUUCAGACAUUAACAAUUUUCCCUGCGAAACCUGUCGCUGCACAAUCACCGGAGGCUACACAAAUAUUUUGAAACAUAUGAAUACCAAAGAGCAUCGAGACAAAGAGAAAGAGUCGAGGAAUGAUCCACAAUCUGUAAUCCUUCCCGAAGGUAUCGAGUAUGUAAAGAAUGGUAAAUUCCACAUAUGCACAAUUUGCGGAUGCAAAAUUUCUCGGUAUACACCUCUAGCCAGACACGUAGCCAGUAAUUCUCACGUAUCACAUGGAAAAAGUGUCAUCAUCAGACUCAGUCAGAAAUACUUUCAUUGCACGGUUUGUGGUUGCACUCUAACAGGUUGGACACGUGUGCUCACUCAUGCAAAACGAGAGAGUCAUCAGCGAAGAAAAUCCCAAGCAAUAAUUCAAAAUCUCCCAGCGAAAUUACCACCUGGUGAAUUUUCCCAAUCAUCCAAAGGAUACGUCAUGGGGAAAUUACCCAGUGGCAUCGAGAGAGUCCAUUCUAAGAGCAAUAACAUUCUCUACAUAUGCACCAUCUGCGGCUGCAAGGUCGGUCGAUCAGAAACUGUCGAUGAGCAUGCAGCAAGUCGUCGUCAUGCUCUCAAUGGGGAUCAAGUCAUAAUAAGAAAGCAAGAAAGAAAAUUCUACUGUAAACUAUGUAAUUCUUCGAUUUACGGUUAUAUGAAUGUCUUGAGACACCUCAAGACCGCCAAACAUCUUUCCCUCAAUGCUAAGAGCAUUACCUCCCAAUCUGCUGAGCCCAACAAUAUGAAAUUAUCGAAAGACGUGGGGAUGGAUGAUGCAGGGAAAGUAGAGAAGAAUGAGGAUGAAAAAUUUUCGGAGAACGUGGGAAAUUCUGGUCCGGGAGAAAAUCAAGAGAGUGAAUCGGCUCCAGGAGAUCCGGAGGAUUUUAGAACAGGUGAUGAAGAGUGGGAGGAUGAGGAGAGGGAUGAUGAGGAGAGGGAUAAUGAGGAGAGGGAUGAUGAAGAGAGGGUGAAUGAUAAGGGGAAUGAGGAAUGGGAGGAUAGGGACGAAGAAGUUGCAAAAGAGGACCAGCAGGAAGAGAUAUUGAUUGAUGACGGUCAGAGGGAUGAUGAUGUUUUAGAAAUUGAAGGAAACAUUGAUGAUGAUUUUCCACUGGAUGAGAAUAUGAGGGAAAGACGAGAGGCUCAUGAUUCAGUGGAUACGUUUGAACCUGAGGAAUUCUCAAUUGAUGAUUUCAUCGUCACUGAUGAGUGCUACGGGUCUGAUCAAGAGAGAUCUUCACAUCGUGAGAGGAGACGGAGAGAUUACAAGAGGGUGAGGACGAGAGAACGGGAAACAAGUCGACCGAGAAAAUCCUCAGGGAUAUCUUUCUCUAGGGCUCACAGAUUACCAACAGGCAUUACUCAAAUUCAUCGGGAGAAUUGUCUCAUGUGUCUUUUUUGUGAUCAUAAACUUUCGAUUGAUUCCUUGGAGAGGCAUCUCGCUAAAGGCACCCAUCGAAGGAACAAAGAUGAAGUUAUUAGUCGAGAUCAUAAGGACGGAUAUCGAUGCGACAUUUGUUAUUGCCGUUUGUUUAAUUCUGAUGAGGUGAAUAGUCAUCUGCAAGGCAGUAUUCAUGUUAAAAAUAAAACUAUUAUAGAGGCACGAAAGAAAAGAGAAAGAAGAUCUUGUGAUGAUGAGAGGGAGACGGCCGGGAAACGAAAUAGGAGACUCUAGAAGGGAAUCUUCACAUCAGUACCUAAUAUUUGUGAUUAUUCAUUUGCAUAUUGCAUAAUGUUAAUAUGGAUUUAAUGUUCAAUGUAUUACCGCUGGUAUUUCAUUGCAUUGAUGUUGGAUUUUUUAGUGUCGAGGAGUUCACUAAAUAAAUGUACGUUUAAGCUA